GUUUCUUGUUACGCACGUUUCCUCCCUUUCUUCUCCCUUCCCCUCUCUCUCUCUCUCUUGUAGCAUCCUCCUCUUGAAGAGCCUUAAAGAGGAGAGCUCUUGAGAAGGAGAAGAGGGUAGGAGCCCAGCCAUCCUUCGGGUUUUUUCUCUCUCUUUUCUUUUCAUCUCUCUCUAAAAGAACAAAAAAAAAAAUGGCGUCUGAUAUAUCGUGGGAUGAACUCAAGAAGGAGAACGUGGAUCUCGAGAAUAUCCCUGUCGAAGAAGUGUUUGAACAGCUGAAAUGCUCGAGGGAAGGUUUAUCGAGCGAAGAAGGGAGGAAGAGGCUCGAGAUUUUCGGGGCAAACAAGCUCGAGGAGAAAUCGGAGAACAAGUUUCUGAAGUUUCUAGGGUUCAUGUGGAACCCUCUUUCAUGGGUCAUGGAAUCUGCAGCCAUCAUGGCUAUUGUUUUGGCCAAUGGAGGAGGAAAGCCACCGGAUUGGCAAGACUUUGUCGGUAUCACUGUCUUGCUUAUCAUCAAUUCCACCAUCAGUUUCAUCGAAGAAAACAACGCUGGUAACGCCGCAGCCGCACUCAUGGCUAACCUUGCCCCGAAAACUAAGGUGUUGAGGGAUGGGAAAUGGGGCGAGCAAGAGGCAGCGAUUCUGGUUCCGGGUGAUCUGAUCAGCAUCAAGCUAGGCGAUAUCGUUCCCGCUGAUGCUCGUCUUCUCGAGGGUGAUCCUUUGAAGAUCGACCAAUCUGCUCUCACCGGUGAAUCCCUUCCCGUGACUAAGAACCCGGGCAACGAGGUUUUCUCGGGCUCAACUUGCAAGCAAGGCGAGAUUGAAGCAGUUGUUAUCGCUACCGGUGUCCAUACCUUCUUUGGAAAAGCCGCUCAUCUUGUUGACAGUACCAACAACGUUGGACACUUCCAAAAGGUUCUGACAGCGAUCGGUAACUUUUGCAUCUGCUCCAUCGCGGUGGGAAUGCUCAUUGAGAUUGUGAUAAUGUACCCUGUCCAACACCGAGCGUACAGAGAUGGUAUCGACAAUCUGUUGGUACUUCUGAUCGGAGGAAUCCCGAUCGCAAUGCCAACCGUCUUGUCUGUGACAAUGGCCAUUGGUUCACACAGACUGUCUCAACAAGGAGCUAUCACCAAGAGAAUGACGGCUAUCGAAGAAAUGGCAGGGAUGGAUGUUCUCUGCAGUGAUAAAACCGGAACCCUAACCCUAAACAAGCUUACCGUAGACAAAACCCUGAUCGAGGUGUUCCCAAAAGACUUGGAUGCAGAUAGUGUUCUCCUGCACGCUGCCAGAGCCUCCAGGGUCGAGAACCAGGAUGCUAUUGACGCUUGCAUUGUUGGAAUGUUGAGUGAUCCAAAGGAGGCAAGAGCUGGAAUCACAGAGUUGCAUUUCCUACCCUUCAACCCUGUAGAGAAACGUACGGCAAACACAUACGUUGAUGCUAAUGGUGACUGGCACAGGAGCAGCAAAGGUGCUCCUGAGCAGAUCAUUGAUCUCUGUGAGCUCAAGGGAGAGACACUGAAAAAAGCUCAUGAAGUCAUUGAUAGCUAUGCUGAGAGAGGACUCCGUUCUCUUGCAAUAGCACGCCAAACUGUGCCGGAGAAGACCAAGGAAAGCGUUGGAAGCCCAUGGGAAUUCGUUGGGUUGUUACCGCUCUUUGACCCACCAAGGCAUGAUAGUGCAGAGACGAUCAGGCGUGCCCUUGAACUCGGUGUUAAUGUCAAGAUGAUUACAGGUGAUCAACUCGCCAUUGGAAUUGAGACUGGUCGUAGGCUUGGCAUGGGAACCAACAUGUACCCUUCAUCUUCACUUUUGGGCACAUCCAAGGAUGAGUCACUUGCUGGCAUCCCAGUCGAUGAGCUCAUCGAGAAGGCUGAUGGAUUUGCCGGAGUUUUCCCUGAACACAAGUAUGAGAUUGUGAGAAAACUCCAAGAAAGGAAGCAUAUUUGUGGUAUGACUGGAGAUGGUGUGAACGAUGCUCCAGCUUUGAAGAAGGCAGACAUUGGAAUUGCGGUGGCUGAUGCAACUGAUGCGGCUCGAAGCGCCUCAGACAUUGUUCUUACAGAGCCGGGAUUGAGCGUGAUCAUUAGUGCAGUGUUGACGAGCCGUGCCAUUUUCCAGAGAAUGAAGAACUACACCAUCUAUGCGGUUUCAAUCACUAUCCGUAUUGUUCUUGGGUUCAUGCUCGUGGCAUUGAUCUGGAGAUUCGAUUUUGCACCUUUCAUGGUUUUGAUCAUCGCGAUCCUUAAUGAUGGAACCAUCAUGACAAUCUCCAAGGACAGAGUGAAACCCUCUCCCGUCCCCGACUCUUGGAAACUCAAGGAGAUUUUCGCUACCGGUGUCGUCUUAGGAACCUACAUGGCCCUUACCACAGUUCUCUUCUUCUGGCUUGCUCAAAGCACUGACUUCUUCUCGAACAAGUUUGGCGUUAGGUCAAUCCAAGGGAAAGAAGAAGAGCUAAUGGCGGCUCUAUACCUUCAAGUGAGCAUCAUCAGUCAGGCCCUUAUCUUCGUCACCAGAUCAAGGAGCUGGUCAUUCGUGGAACGGCCGGGGCUUUUGCUCCUUGGAGCCUUCAUCAUUGCUCAGUUGGUGGCUACGGUUAUUGCUGUGUAUGCACAUUGGGAAUUCGCAAGGAUCGAAGGUUGUGGUUGGGGAUGGGCCGGAGUCAUCUGGGCAUACAGUAUCGUCACCUACAUUCCUCUCGACAUCCUCAAGUUCAUCAUCCGCUACUCCCUAAGUGGCAAGGCCUGGGACAACAUGAUCGAAAAUAAGACAGCUUUCACGACGAAGAAAGACUACGGAAAAGGACAGAGAGAGGCUCAAUGGGCAUUAGCUCAACGUACCCUACACGGCCUUCCUCCUCCAGAAGCAAUGUUCCAUGAUCACAAUCACGAGCUAUCAGAAAUAGCCGAGCAAGCCAAGAGACGUGCUGAGGUUGCAAGGCUGAGGGAGCUUCACACUCUUAAGGGCCAUGUUGAAUCCGUGGUGAAGCUGAAGGGACUUGACAUCGAUACCAUUCAACAACACUACACUGUCUAAACCAGUUCAAAGGCUUUCUAAUGAAGGUUUAUUAGUAACCAUAAUCUUUGUAUUCUUGUUCUGCUUUUUUUUUUUUAUAUAUUCAUCAAAUUAAAAUUGUAAGAGAGCUAAAAUGAGAAUAUGUUUUUCCCGUUGGACUGAAAAUAUCGCCUAACUACGUAAAAAGUAACCCGCUUGAAUUUUCUCUGUUACUGUAA